AUGGCUUCCUUUAUCGUCUCUUCCAGGCUGUUCUCGUCUACCUCAUCGUCUGUGGUCGAUGUUCCACCUUCUUCCUCCACCACCGCUUCCGCUCUUCCGCUCUCAUGGCCCCAAUAUCUCUCCCUCCGUCGACAAAGACGACUUUGGUCGACCCUCACCACAAUCCCCACCACGUUUGCCGGACUGUUCCUAGGUGGAGGGUACUUUGCGAGUCUUGAAGCGGAUCCGACGCAGCUGAUAAUGGGUAUUGAACCGAUGUACGUGUAUGGAGGAGCAACUUUAGGAUGUAUGGCUCUUGGAUAUUUGGUCGGUCCAACGAUCGGCUCGUCGUUAUUCUCCCUCACGCACCCAUCUCUGUCAAGAGGUAAUCCUGCUCCUCUCGAAGUGAUGGAUCGAGAGUUCUACCAUCGUUUCACCCGUAAAAGGGUGGACCCUAGCUUUCAAAGUGUUAACAAUCCCGCUCCUGACUUUUAUGGCGAGAAAAUUGUCUCCCUGUCUACCUACCGGAGAUGGUUGAGGGAUCAAGCUGCUUACAGGCGUAAAGCAAUGCACGGAGUACCAGGGGACGGUGUCAACUAG